ACUGUCUCCCGGGUGAAGGGAGCUUUCGCAGCUAGAGAAGGCUCAUCCACCUGCAGACAUGGGGCGCAGAAAGUCCAAACGAAAGCCACCUCCCAAGAAGAAGAUGACGGGCACCCUUGAGACCCAGUUCACCUGCCCCUUCUGCAACCACGAGAAAUCCUGUGAUGUGAAAAUGGACCGUGCCCGCAACACCGGAGUCAUCUCUUGUACUGUGUGCCUAGAGGAAUUCCAGACGCCCAUAACGUCCAGCGCACAUCCCUUGCUGUCCGUGAUGUCUUGGGUUCUGCGUCUGGCUUGUCACCAGAAGAAGGAGAGGGGACCUGAGGUUCCAGCGUUUGGGAGGUGGCCUGGUGGCGCAUGUGGCCAGCCCUUCACACCGCCCAGCAUUUUAUUCAGUCAGUAAGCAUUCAGGGUGGUGGAGCAGGCAGACAUCUUGGCCAGGUGCUUACAGCAGUCAUAUUAGGAAAUGGGGUAGGUGAGACAGAACAGGUGGUCAGAGGAGGCUUCUGGGAGGGGCAGGCUGAGGUGGUGACAUUGUAGGGCCACCUCUAGCCAGAUGCUGACCUCUGGCCUUGCCUGCAUCACCCCAGUGUCCUGACAGCCACCCUGUGGGGCAGGUGCCAAGCUAACCCCAGGUUCAAAGAUGAGGAAACUGAGGCUAGAGGUGAAGGAGGUCACUGGCCCAAGACCCUACAGCCAGAAAGUGGCACAGGGGAUCUGAACCCAGGAAACCAGGCUCCACAACUUACAGUCUGACUUCUUGUGAGCCCAGAGUCCAGGCUGAGGGACCAGCUCACAGGCCGUCCUGGAGGUAGUGGGUGGAAGAGGAACACUGGGAAGGGAAACAUGAAAGGGACCUUUGUCCAAGGGUGGUGAGGACUCUCAGAAGGCUGGUGUGGGGGCGGGAUGUGCGUGGCUGAUGGGGAGCACCUGAGGGCUGAUGUCCCCUCAGCUGGUCACACGGGUGACAAGGACCACAACACCCAGCAACCUGGGGCAGUGCCGGACCCUCCACCUGGCCUCAUGAGCCUGGGUGGCAGGUGACCUGUGCUUCAGAGUCCUCGUUGCCACAGUGCAGGGGACGAAAGCAUCUUCUUCCUGGAGCCAUGCUGAGGAUGGAAAUGCCAGACAUGGUUAGAGCAGCUCUGGGGCCCACCCAGGGCACGGACGAAUGUGAACAGCCGGGGGAGACACUGAGCUGGCCCGGAAGCCCUGGCUGCCAGACUGGGCUGCUGCAUCUGGCCUGUGCGCCGCCCCCAGGCCCACUCUGCCAUGACACGUCUUCCCUGGGCCUCCAAGAUCCCAGGUGAGGUCCGCUAGCCCUGGCAGGCGCCAACAGACAUGGGCAGUGUGCUAGACAGGCACCUAGGUUUAAGAUGGUGGCCCUCUGGGAUCCAACAGAAAGGGGACUUGUUCCUCUGGCACCCGGGGCCCUUCCUGCCGCCUGUCCACCCCCAGUCCCAGAGGCUAAGUGCUAAUAUGGUGCUGUUUUCCCGAGGAGGCAGGGCCCUGGGCCAGACCGGGAUCCUCCUCAGCAUAGCUUCCCUGCGCCGGCCCUGGGGGAGCAGGACUUGUGGUAGCCAAGCCAAGAGCGCCUGGAAUCUGGUUUACGAGGCCCCAGGGGCUGCGUGCGUCUGUGCGCGGGUCUUCUGGUGUCUGCCUCCACAGGUCUCCACGUUCCAGCCUCAACCCCUGCCCUCCCUGGGGAGAAGACAGCUCCGUGCCCCGCUCCUCGCUUCUCUGCCUCCUCUCCUCCUCGAAAUCCUCAUGGGUGCGGACCUCUCCCUCCUCCCGGGGAUAACAGGGUCCCCUCUGAAACAUGAGGAGGUUGAGGCCCUGGACACAGCCUUUUAGGGUCCCGGGUUGGCAGGCUUAGCCUUAAGAGGGCUGAGAGUGGGCGGGGUGCACAAAAUUAACCGUGCCCUAUGGUGCCCCGUGCUAGUCGGUAAAGGGCCAUUGCCCUGGCUCAGAAGUGCCUCUCUCCCUGUCCCCUUUCCCCUCCUCACAGUCUGGGGCUAAGGGGUUCACCCUGCCCACAGGCCCACCAGGACCCCUACCUGUCAUCCUUUCUCUAUUGAUACCUGGUCUUUACCAGCGAUUAAACAUGUAGAAUAUCACCCCAUCUGGGGGUGCCAUUUCAUGACCAC